AUGGACGAGUCUCCAAGUCAUGCUACCCCGGAUGCGGGGAACCAGAUUGCGAGGCCUUACCGGUCCAAGAAACAACGUCCUAGCGACCAGGAUGUCUACCUCCUCCGCCACCUCCCAUUCGACGGGAGCGAUGGUUUUGGUGGCGCGAAUUGGAGAGUCUGGAAGGUGUAUGCCGACGAGAUUGCUCCUGCCUACUUCACGUCGUAUCCCAAUGAGCUACUCGAUGCUGCGGCUGGGACGUAUGACAUGUCAAAGGUCGACCUAGUUGUUAGCCCAUAUCAGACACAACUCCUCGACUUAUACUAUGCGUACGUGCACUGUAGUCUACCAGUAUUGGAAAGCCGGGAGCGGCUGGAGGCAGCAUAUGCGGCGGGCUCGAUCCCCGCCUCCUUGAUGGGGGCAAUCUAUUGUUCUGCUCUGCCGUUUUGGAGGCAUUCGCCGGAUUUGGCAGGGAAAGCGCCCUUUAACGAUGAUGACUUGCGCGAAUCAGUCUUCGAAGCAGUUUUGCAGGAGGCAAAGACGCCAUCCCUGCAUACAGUCCGGGCCAUGCUUCUGUACAUGCAGCUUCCCCCACAGCAUGUGCGCGAACCCAACCAUCCCGGCUUUUGGGCCUUGACGAACCAGCUCGUGGGUCUUGCGCAGGAGACUGGACUCCACAUUGAUCCCGCCAACUGGAACAUCUGCCCUUUGGAGAAGCACAGCCGCAGGAUCCUCUGGUGGGCCGUCUACAUGCAUGACAAAUGGCUUGCUCAUUGGCUUGGCAGGCCGAGUCACAUCGAUGAGAGACAGUUCAGCACUGCUCCAUUGACCUUGGAUGACUUGAGAGCCGUCUCCAGCCAUCACGUGGACGCGCGGCAGUUAGAGUCCAUGACGGCCUUUAUGAUGCUCUCGAGAUUGACAACGGUUCUCUCAAGCGUCCUAGACCAUUUCUACAUUGUCAAACAUAGUUCCUGUGUUAUGCCACCGGAAGAAGCUCUGUCACGGGCCAGCCAGUGCCAAACCCAGCUAAAGGAUAUCCUGGAACAACAGGGUUCUAUCCUCCUGCACCCCGCCAGAGAAAUCAAUAACUACGCUUUUGUGUUCGCAUACUAUGGCAUUGCUGUCUCCAUCCAGAGGGCACUUUUUGCCUGCGUCGGUGGUACCUUGUACUACGACGUCGAGAAGGAGACGGCUCUGUUCCAAGAUCUGUUUGGCGUAUUUGAGGAUCUACUGGAGCAAGACAAACUUGUUGGGCUAUGGCUAAGCUACUGCAAAUCGAAUAUUGCAAUCAUAGGGAGCUUCAUGGUGACGGCUCUGCUCGCGAGCACCGACAACGAAACAUACCAGACCAGACGGGGUGCUUUGGACGAGUUUCGGCGUCUUCUGCAGCGCUUGACGGAGCGUUUUGACUUUGCGGCUCUUCCCUUGCUCAGGCUGAAUCUUCUACUGGAGCGAUUUGCAGACAACGGAGCGUCUCGUGCAAUGACUCCCUCUGGAGAAUGGUGCACUUGA